AUGCUGGGUUACUUGGCAGCGAGGAGGGCUGGUCUGGAUGACCCUCUUCGACUCAGGCGUGUGGAAUCGACGAGAAGGGUCCUAAGCCUGCAGCUGAAUGCGGACCGAGACAUGGACAGAAUCCACGCAAACGGUGUCAACACAAUUGACAUUGAACUAAUAGAAGGGAAAUACAUGUUGUCUGGAGGCGCCGAUGGAGUGAUUGUCAUCUAUGACCUGGAGAACUUCACUGGGAAACCACAGUACACCUGCAAAGCUGUUUCCACGGUUGGCAGGUCCAGCAAGUAUGUCCACAAAUUCAGCGUGGAGACGGUCCAGUGGUAUCCUUACGACACAGGCAUGUUUGUAUCCAGUUCCUUUGACAAGACGAUGAAGGUUUGGGACACUGAGACUCUGAAGCCCGCCGAAGUGUUUGAGUUUGAGGGCAACGUGUACAGUCACCACCUGUCCCCCAUUGCCAGGAAACACAGUCUCAUUGCAGUUGGCACCAAGAAUCCUAAAAUUCAGCUGUGUGACCUGAAGUCUGGUUCAAAGAUCCACGUACUGCAGGGUCACAAAGCCGAGGUCCUGUCUGUGCGAUGGUCACCAAGAUACGAACAUAUCCUAGCCACCGCCAGUGCUGACAGCAAAGUGAGAGUGUGGGAUGUACGUCGGGCAUCAGGUUGUCUGUUUACGCUGGACCAGCACAAUGGUGACAAGUCAAAAGCCGCCUCUGAAGCAGUGAACACGGCACACAAUGGCAGGGUGAACGGCCUGUGCUUUACCAGUGAUGGCCUAUACCUGCUCACAUCUGGGACUGAUGAUCGCAUGCGUUUGUGGAACAGCGGGACAGGGGAAAACACUCUGGUAAACUAUGGGAAAGUGAGCAACGAGAGCCGCAAGAGGCGACAGUUCACGGUGUCGCAGGGCUGCAGUCCAGAGUUUGUAUUUGUACCAUGCGGCAGCUCGGUGGCCGUAUACGGUCUCCACACUGGUGAGCUGGUCACCAUGCUGAGGGGUCAUUACAACCAUGUGGACUGCUGUGAGUUCCAUCCUGACCACCAGGAGCUGUACAGCGCAGGUAAAGAUGGUAACAUCCUGGCAUGGGUUCCAGUUCUGCGAAGCCCAGAUAUUGAGGAAGACGCAGAUAAGAAAGAUGGAGGUGUCAAAUUAUCAGUGAAUCCCGCUUUUCAGGACGCAUGGAGCAGUGAUGAAGACUAA